AUGUCGAGAAGUUUUCUCAUGGAUUCCAUUAUUGGAAAUAAUUCACCACCAACAUAUCCACUUCCAUAUGGAUAUGGAAAUCAAUUGCCAAAUUAUAUGUUUAAUUUUUUCAAUCUUGGAUUGGGAUAUCAGCCAGUUAGACCAGUACCAAGACCACCAACAUUGCCAGUUCCAGUGACACUUAGCCCACCAACUGUGAUGGGACUUCCGCUGUCUGGGCAUCACAGUCCACCAUCACCAUUAAAUACUUCUGCUAGUCGUUUGUCAGAUAUUUCAACGGCAAAUGAAUCAACAUCACGUAAUAGUACACCAACACCACCACCAUCAUCAGCACUAUCACUACCACCAUCAUCAAAAUCACCAAAUUCCAUGAGUAAUAGUUCAAAACGAAUUAGAACAGCAUUUACAAGUACUCAAUUAUUAGAACUUGAACGUGAAUUUUCAUCAAAUAUGUACUUGUCAAGAUUACGUAGAAUUGAAAUAGCAACGAAUCUUCGAUUAUCUGAAAAACAAGUUAAAAUAUGGUUUCAAAAUCGUCGUGUUAAAUACAAGAAAGAAGAUGUACCAUCUGGACAAAGCUCAAAAUGUUGUUGUUUACGUACUUGUGGAAAGAAAAAGGAUGAUUGCACUGAAGAAUCAAGACACUGCAGUAAUGAUCAACAAGAAUUGCUACAAAAACAAGAUAGUUUUAUUGAUGAUAAUACUGAUGAACGUGAUGAUAUUGAUGACAAUGAUUGUGAAGACGCAUUGACAAAUAAUAAUGUUAAACAAGAGCUAAGAUCAUCACCUGUCUCUUUGGACAAUGAUUAUCAAAAAUUACAAAAUAUCUUUCAUUAUCAAAAUCAGACACAAGAUAUUUGUGAUUUAACAUCGAGAAAACGAUCACUUGAUAGUUUUGAUGAUAAUUUUCAAGACACCAAUAAACGUAUAUUGUUGGAUCCUUUUGUAACUUCACUUAAAACUUAUCCAAUUGUUAGAACUAAUACAUGUACUAAGCACACUGUUGACAACAUUGUCAAUUCAUAA